UUUUAUCUUCUCUUGAGGGCGAUCUCGUUCAUCUUCCUUGCUUGGGAUGUCGCUCUCCAUCUUUCUCUUAUGGUUAUUCAGCAUUCCUAUCUAUGUAAAUGCCCUUCCUGCUCCUAGAGGAUUCUUCAUCAACUGCGGCGCCUCAAAGGAAACAAACGAUGGCAGCAUCAAAUGGCUUACAGAAGACGGUUUCAUAACCGUCGGCAAUAAAACGACACUUGAAACACCCAACUUAGUUCCACAUAUAUCGACUUUGAGGUUCUUUCCUGACGAGAAGUCCCGCAAAUAUUGCUACGUAAUUCCUGCAAUCAAGGGUGGGAAGUACCUGAUUCGGACGACGUAUUACUAUGGAGGAUUCGAUGGUGGGAAUGAGCCACCGGUGUUUGAUCAGAUCAUUGAAGGUAGCAAGUGGAGCACUGUCAACACGUCGGAGAGCUUCUCCAAAGGGCUUACUUCCUACUAUGAGAUUGUAGUUGCUGCGAUGGGUAAGACGCUGAGUAUUUGCCUGGCAAGGAACGAACAUACGAAAUCGAGCCCGUUCAUUUCUGCACUUGAACUGGAGUUCUUAGAGGAUUCCAUGUAUAACUCGACGGAUUUUAGUAAGUAUGCGCUUGGUACCAUCGCCCGUCAUCGGUUCGGCGACGUUUCUGAGAUCAUGGGUUUUCCAGAUGAUCCGUUCAAUCGGUACUGGGAGCCGUUCAAAGAUAAUAACCCACAGGUCGCCUGCCAUUCGACCGUUACACCCUCGGAUUUCUGGAACAUUCCACCAGCGAAGGCCUUCGAAAAGGCUCUGACAACGAGCAGAGGUAAAACACUAGAACUGCAAUGGCCACCAACGCCACUCCCCACCGCUACCUACUACAUUGCUUUCUACUUUCAAGACAACCGUACACCGAGUCCGUACAGCUGGCGGGUUUUCAGCAUCACCAUCAAUGGAAAGAUCUUCUACAAGAGUCUCAACGUCUCCACAGCAGGAAUAACUGUCUUUGGGAGCAACUGGCCUCUCUCCGGUCAGACUCAGCUCACUUUGACUCCUGACGAUGACUCACCGGUCGGACCGGUCAUCAAUGCAGCUGAACUCCUUCAGCUCGUGCCUAUUGGUGGAAGGACCAUUACCAGAGAUGUGAUUGCAAUGGAAGCAGUAGCAAGAAGCUUGAAUAACCCGCCUGCCGACUGGACUGGAGAUCCAUGUCUACCACGCCAGAAUUCAUGGACGGGAGUUGCAUGUUCUCAAGACAAAUUCGCCCGAGUCAUCUCUCUGAAACUAGAUAGCUUGGGCCUUUCCGGAUCAUUGUCCCCAAGCAUAGCCAAUUUGACCUCAGUCUCUAGCAUUUCAUUGGGCGAUAACAAACUCUCGGGAUCGAUUCCAGAUUUGAGCCAUAUGAAGCAAUUAAAGUAUCUACAUUUGGAGAACAACCAGUUGAGUGGCAAGAUCCCUAACUCGCUGGGGCAUCUUGACAACCUUCAAGAGCUCUUCCUCCAAAACAAUAACUUUGAGGGAGGUGUUCCUGAAAGUCUAAAAUCCAAAAGUGGACUGAAAAUUCAGGUUUGAGAAGGUAUGAAUCCCAAAUUAAGGAGAGUCAUGGGAGCAAUGGGAUCCGUUGAUCACUCAGGAAAAUGGGACAGUUGUAACCUAAAAAUAUGUUUAUUGGCCUCAUAGGAGCAGCGAAAUGGAAUG